GUCUUACUUUUGGCGAAUAAUGUUUUUGGUGCAUUUACAAUGCUAAUGAUAAUAAUUUUUUUUUAAAUUAUAAUGUCUUAAUUUUUAAAAAAUAUAAAUAUUAUAUUCUCAAUAUCUUCUUUAAAACAAUGAUUUUGCAACAUAUAAUAUAUCUUGAUAUAUAGCCAUAUGAUGAUAUUUUGAUGAAAGUAUUUAGUUAUAACAUUUAGUUAGUGAAAUUUAAAUUCUAUAAUAAAAUAUUUAUUCUAUUUCUUAUUUGUAAUUUUACAUUGAAAUUAUUUUCAAUUUCAACUAUUAUUAAUGUUGCAAUACAAAUAUGAUUCUAAAUUUCUGAACCAAAUCGGUAAUGUUGAGAAUAAUGCUAAAAUUAGAAUGUAAUGUCCAUGAAGUACAGAAAAAUAUAUUGAAUGUUUAAUCUAUAUUGUAUCUUAUUGAUGGUAUUAUACCUUUAUAAAAUAUUAUAAAUAUUUGUUAAAUAUUUGAAAUAAUAUGUUAUUGUUUAAGAUUAAAACAAUAUUUCAAGUAGAUCGUCCUACAAAUUUGGCUGUGUUUAUUAAUAAAUUUCAUACAUCUUUUAUAAUAUAUUUAAAUCAAAAAUGGAGAAAAAUGAAAGGUUUAUCAGCAAAUCCAAAUAAUGAUAGUUUAUUGGUAAAUUCAAGUGAUUACUCUUUUAAAAAUAACAAAUCUGUUCCAUAUGGUUCGGGACAAUUUAGACGUAUAAAAAAACAUCAAGAUUUUAUGAAAAGAAUUGUUAAACUAGUUGGUGAAAUUGAUUAUGCAGUUGAACGACAUGCUAACUUAAUCAAAGAAAAGGAAGUCCAAGAACAAAAAAUUUUGGAAAGUAGAUUGAAACCUAAAGGUCAAUUAUCAAUAAAUAAUGAAUAAUUGUAAAUAAUUUUAUUAUUAAUUUUUCGAUAUUUUUUCAAUAAUUUCAUUUGAUAAUUUAUUAAAUUGCAAAAACAAAUUUUUUAUAAUAUCAAUUAUUUUAUUUUAAAUUCAUGAUUACAAUUAUUUGAGCUGAUAAUCAAUAGGAUAUUUUAUGAGUCUUGGAAUUUUAUCUCUUUCUUCUUGUGAAAUGUCACAUAAUUUAACAGGGACAGGUCUUAAUUGCUUGAUCUGGUUACUAACAUUUUGUAACAUGUCUUUAGGAACAUUUUCAUCAGGAAAAAUAUGUAAUCUUUCCAUAGUAUAUCUUCUUUGUAAAUUUCCAUCCAUUGAUGAAUAAAUUGCUUUCUUAAUAAUCUGUAUAAUCAUAAAUGAAAUAUACAUUAUAAAAUAUACUACAA